AUGGAACUGAGAUUCUGUCGGUUGCCUCCAACCUUGGACACAAGCUACAAGGCCCACCGCAGAGCUCUCCUAGUGGUGAAACCUUCCUCCAGAGACCUCUCCUUAAAGGCCAAGGAUGCUUUCAGAGACAUUUUCAUAUACUUCUCCAAGGAAGGGUAUGUGGAGAUGGGAGAGUGGGAGAAACUCUGCUACAGGAACCUGAAAAUGAACUACAAGGCACUGGUCACUACAGGUCUCAGAGCCUCUCACCCAGCUUUCACGUGUCACUGCAUGCAGGCCAUAAAAGCCCAGAUGAGGAUUCCAAUGAGGAACAGACACCUAGGCAGCAAGGGAAUGCUUAGGGUGCCACGAAGUAAUGAAUCUAGCUUGAAGAACUUGUCAGGAACGUCAAUUAUGCUGAGCAGAGCUGGCUCAGAGCAGGCCCAGAAGUUAGUGUUGCCUCCUGGAAAAGCAAGUACCUCUGAUGAGCACUCAAGACAGAAGCCAGAGCACAGGAGAAAGGGGGUUGAAGUGAAAAUGUACAGCUUCUGAGAAAGAAAGGGCCUCGUAUACCAGGAGAUCAGCUAGCCCCAGGAUGAUGACUACCUUUAUUGUGAGAAGUGUCAGAAUUUCUUCAUCGACUGUGAAUCUCAUGGGGUCCCAACAUUUGUAAAGAACAGUACCACAGACAGCGGGCACCCUAAUCACUUGGCCCUCACUCCGUCCUCUGGGCUGAGAACUAGACCAUCCAGCAUUCCCAAGGCUUGGCUCCGACUAUGGAACAAGGCAUUUGAGCUGCUGCUGGGCCUGCCCUUCAGCCCCUGUGAGGGCCAGGUGAUAGAAGAUGAGGCGGUAGACAACAGCGGCUACUCCUGGCUAGUGAGAGGCACCCACCACAUAAAUUAAUUUAGAGUUUGGAGAUGCUGCAGCUCACAGUUUUUAUGGCCAAUCAAAGUGGAGGUUAAGUCUGGAACUGGGUUUUGGAACAUGGUUGAGGAGCACUCUCUACCGGCUGAUCACUGUGAGCAGGGCUAGGGGAGAGGAAUUCAGGUGACAUCACAAAUGAGGCUGAGAUGGGAAGAGAAGGCCCCUGUGAGGAGCAGUGAGGGAGUGGGCAGCGUCAUGGCAUAUAACUUCAGGAGGGAGCGGGACCAGGCCUCGACCAUCGUGGGCACUCACCGCCAGUCGUUCUCUCCCAUCCAGUCAACCUCGGGUAUGUGAAUGGCACCCAGGACGAAAAGGAGCAGAACCUGGUGUUCUUCCAGUACCACAGGCAGAUCUUCUACCAGACCUGCUAUGCUGUCUGGCCUGGCUGUCAACUGCUGGUCUGGUACAGGGAUGAGUGCGGCCAGGAGCUGGGCAUCAAGUGGGACAACAGGGGGAAGAAAGAGUUCACUGUAGGGACAGGAGGGCGCUGGGAUGCUUUUCCUGGCAUAUUUUCAUGAUCCAAACCAUAAGUAGACUAGAAUCCAUCUAAAGUCAGUGAAAUUCAAAUCGGAUGCUUCAGAAAUGAAGGAUUUGUUUCAUAUGCCUUUUACUUUGGAGCAAUGUUUGUAACUUUUCACAUAUUUGUCCUGAUUAUAUUGUUUAAUACUUCAGGCACAAAAUGUAUAAAAGCACACAGUGCUAGAGGCAAAAACAAGUUAUCAGGCACUGGCCAAUCCCCACCAAGGCAGUUCUUGUGGCCCUUUUAGCUCUGUCUUCUUAACUUCCUCCAUAUUUCUAAAAAAUACUCAUAUGCUAUCAUUCAUCCAUUCAUUAUUUCAAUUAAUCGUCAUGUGAGCUCCUGGUCUGUGCUAUACGGGGCCCCAGGAACUGGAAAGAGACAUCAAGCAAGACAUCAGAAUAACUGCUCUGGAGCAGGUGACAUGAAGGAGAAAGAACAUCAACAUACAGAAUAC